AAGAAAAAUCCAAGAUUGCCAUCCAAGAUUGCCAUCCAAGAGGUUGAAGAUUCGGCAAACUAGGGUUUCUGAAUGAUGAUUCGACAGAGAAUUUUCGGAUUGCCAUCCAAGAGGUUGAAGAUUGGGGAGCAGGCGGCGGUGGAAGUGUCUUCUGAAUACGACGAAGAAGAGGAAGAGUCUUCUGAAUACGAAGAAGCGGAGAUGGAGUUGGAGAGUGUAGAGAUAGAUCAUGUGAACUAUAAAUACACCUACAAUGAGGAAGACUACGAUGAUUAUGACGAGGAGUUUAAAAGGGAAGUGAAACGAUAUAUCGACGCCUUGAAUGAAGUUGGACCCUACAACAUAGACUUCAUGGUGCCGGAUUUUUAUAUUUGCAAUGGCGCUGUGCCAGUACUUCUGCCACCAGGUCCAGAAUCCCAUGAUUACGAUCAUUACGCUUAUAGAGAGAUGCAGAAUUCUUUAAAGUUUGCUAUUGAUGAACACAACGAAGGGAAGGAUGCAAAACUUGUGCUUCACAAGACGUUGAGGGCUAAUUUUAAAAGAGCUUGUGGGUUUAUCUUUUUCAUAACAUUUCAAGCCACAGAUACUGCUUCUGGUGAAACGAGCAUUUAUCGAACAUGUGUGGUGGAUGAUGUAGUUGAUAAGAUCAUGACCAUAAACGAGUUCCGCCAGGUGGAAACUGAGGAGUUGAAGGGUGCAUGGGAUUUGGAAUGUUGAGUAAUUGGGGCGUGGGUACUGAGAUAGAGAGAUGUGCCAAAAGCUUUAGUUGGAUCAUUAUCGUGAUACUCAAACUUCACUAAAUUACUCCGUAAUAUUUAUGCUGUCAACAUUUACAACAAGUCUCUGGCUCUCUGAAAACCUCCUAUCCUCCUACCACAUGGCUCUCAAAGUCUCCAAACUGUUGGGCCCGUAAUCCGAACUCAAGCCCGAGCAUGACCGCGACCUGCGAGAAUAUCUGAUCACAACCCUACUCUACCUCUGGAUUCACGGUAACAACAAAAAGCUCACUGCAGAGAUUUCUAUUGUGACACCUCUUCUGAUGAGCGCGCUAAGUUUGGGAACGGUUAGACGAGCAGCAAUUCCGUCGCUAACUCUUUUACCUUAUCGGCUCUCGACUCGAAUUGUUGUCCAUUUGGGCAGUGCUUUCGACCAUUGUAUCUAUUUACUUUAUGUUACUGGCUAUGUUAUCUUAAAACCUGCUUAAGAUAAUAGUGAGUUCCUAUGAAAUUGCAAACUUAUUUAGAUUGAUUAGAAUUAUUUCCUCUAUAAAAUCACCCAAUACUUAAAAAAUUAGUGGACAAUAUAUUUUAAAUGAUUGUUAGGAACAUAUGUGAAGAACUAUAUGUUAGCAUUCCUUCAAUUAAUCAACAAGGAAUCUUUAUUGUACUCUCUCAUGCCCAUAAUAUAUGAUAGGGAAGAUGAUACACAAUUUGCAUAUAUACAAGUAGCUUGCAAGGUGCAAUAUAUUAUUGGCACACAAUUGGGUUAAAGUCCUGUGAAAUGAUUAAAAAGGGUUCACAUUUGUCUCUUGGGGUCUUUCCAAAUGCAUAUAUAGUUGCUGUGAUUUUCUUUGAGUAGUAGAAAAGAAAUACUGUAGGUUCCCCUUUAUUUUUUCUUUCUUUCUGGCCUUAUUAUUGAGUGCACUUUGCCUCUCCCUAUAUAAUUUACCAAUACUUUGCUUUCAGCAUUAGUUUUAUUUUAUGCUUAAUGUCUGCUGAAUUUGUGAACCCUGACCUUUUUAUUAUGCAUCGGUCCUGUUCCAAGAGUAGAUUCCAUCUUUCAUAAUAGAAUAAAAUCAAACUAAUCUACUUUCAUUUAUCAGCUCUCAUUUUCAUGCAAUAUCAAACGGACAUAUAUAGCUGCUGCAAUUUUCUUUUGAGUAUUAAACUCCUAACUGCAGCUCCUGACUACAAAAACUCUUCUGCAAAUGCUAGACUAGAAUUAAUGCGAGUAUUAUAAAUAUUUAAUAAGUUGGCAGUUCAUAUAGACCAUAUCAGACUUCAUGGUCAGGAGGAUAAUUAGCAUUACUACUUAUGAUCUUAGUGUUCCCAAAUCAUAGCCCAAAAGGAAUAGUUUGAACUUUGAAUUCAUCUUCUUUAAAACUUCAACCAAGUAGUUUUUGUUUGAUUAAUGGAAUUUUUGUUUGUUUCAGUACUUGAAAUCUCAGUUUCACUACAUUUUCUCCAAAGUUAUACUUUGGAGAUUGUAUUUACGUUCAAUUACUGAUAUAGUGAUAUUAGAUUAUUCCAUUCUACUAAUUUGGUAUCAGUCACUUCAUAUACAUGCCUCUUUCUUUAUUAAAUCAAAAAUCAAGUUAAGGUUUGUCUAGAUUGUAUGAAAACUCCUACUUAGUCUUCGUUGAAUGCCUAAAUCUAAUGUUGAUAUUAAUGUUUUCUUUUCCAACAAAGUUAUUGAGCUUUCAUGCAGCUUAUUUGAUUUAAAGCAUGUCUCUUCUAAUUAGUUUGUUUUUUAGAUUUGAAGUUAGCAUAUAUACUGGAUUUUUCAAUCUUCUUUUGUUGAACUAAAUACUCUGUUUUCCCAAGUAUCUUUUUAUACUAAAUAAAUGCUUUGAACAUAACUAAAUAAAUGUAUUAGCUAUUUGAUCCUACUUGACUGUAGUUAACUUUGCAGUCAGAAUUGUGCACAAAGGAAUGAUGUGAGAUUGUCAAGGUAAAGUAUUAACUAUUCGACCCUGGGAAUUCUAAUGCUACUUGAAUGAAACUACGGAUUUCAUGGAUAGUGACAAAGCUGCAUUUUUGUGUCUCAAAGGCUGCAUUUUCAAAUCUACUAAGUGCUAAGUUAAUACUUAAUGUUUAUAUGUGUUGCAUCAUCUCAAGUAAGCAGUUCAGAUUUUGUUCAUCAUUUCAUUUUCUUAAAUGAACUAACUACUACCUCCGCCUCAAAAAACUUUGCUAUUUUUAAAACUUUGAUCAAUUAUAUAUUUUUAUUGGAAAUUAUUUAUAAUAUAAAAGUGACACCAAAAUACUUUUUGUUAAAAGUACUUUCAUAAAAGUAUAAAAUUUAUAAUUCCAUAAUCUUAUACUAAUCAAAAUCAUGGUCUAAAAUUUAUGAAAUGACAAUUUUUUUUGGGACGGAGGUAUUAUAAUUUUGAUAAACUGGCUCUUUAGUUUGUAAUGCAUCUAAACUGCUUCUCAAUUAAUUUUAUCAAAUAUGAUCUCAAUCUAAAUAAAAAAAAACAGCAACUCUUCAGCCUCUCAUAAGAAGAGUUUUAUAAACUGCCUCUCAACACUUGCACAAACUCAAUUGCUUGCAGCCAUGAACCUGAUGGUAAGUCAAAGGGGGUCUGAAAAUUCAACUUUGCGGCAGCCAGAAGUUUUCGUUGAGCUUAAUGGCAUUGGUCUUAGUAGUGUCACAAUUUCAUUCCAUUUGAUAUUGCAAUGAAGAAAUUUGGAAUGCAAUAUCAUUCCAUAUUUCCGUUUCAACCAUUUCUUCUUUGAAAUUUAACAUAUUUCAACAUAUUUCUUUACUUAGGGUCAAUCUGUCAAGUGGAUACAAUGGGUUUGAGUAACUACAUUGAGGAUAUAAUGGUCUGCAAUAUCAUUUCCAUUUGAUGAAUAACAGAGAUCGAGAAUAUAGAAAUUCACAGCUUAUUAUGUCAUCCAAAAAGUGUACAUUCUAAUAAUUCUAUAUAUUGUUGUAGCAUUAUACAUUCUCUAGCCCCCCAAAGUACAUUUUUCCCUUUAUUUAUUCCAUAUCUGCUAUAGGCAAUUUGUCCCAUGCAUUAAGUGUCUUCCAGGUGAGAAAGAGUGGUGGUCGAGACACCCUCAAGCUGGAAACAAAUUAUGAAUCUCCCAAGGUCACUGGCGGAGGAGACAUUGUUGAGCCAAAACCUGAAGCAAAGUCUGAAAACCCUUUAUUUGGGAGUAAAAGUGAAACUGAAAAACCAGGUACACCGAUGAAAAAGGAGGGUGAACACACAGCAACACAAAAGGCACCAGUAAGUACAUAUCCUUAGUCAUUUAGCACCAGGUUGAUAGCAUGCUUGGGCAACGAGCAAGGGCUGGAGAACAUGAAGUCAUGCGGAAAAUCAAGAAUGAGUUCACGAGACACUGGGAGAGAUUCUUGAUGUAUUCGGAGUAGUCUUUAAUGGAUUUUUCCUUUUUAGUUUGCUUAUUUAGGAUUCGUUUGGUAUAAAUAAAAACUUGAUUAGAUGAAGGUCUCAUUUUAGGCUUAAGUGUGAUAUUAGAAUAUAUACCAAAACUAUUAAGAAUGUAUGUUCAAUGGAUAUAUUGAUCCUACUGCAUUUGAAUCAAAAGUUCCUUUUAUUUUUUUUAUGGUGAUACUAUCAAACAUCU